AUGUAUCGCAAUUUAUCUAUCAUCUAUCUAUCUAUCUAUCUAUCUAUCUAUCUAUCUAUCGCCGUCUGUUCAUAUCUAUCUAUCUAUCUAUCUAUCUAUCUAUCUCUCGCAGUCUGUUCAUAUCUAUCUAUCUAUCUAUCUAUCUAUCUAUCUAUCUAUCUAUCUGUCUCAGUCUGUUCAUAUCUAUCUAAGUCUAUUCAUAUCCGUGUAUCUCAUAUUAUCUAUCUAUCUAUCUAUCUAUCUAUCUAUCUAUCGCAGUCUGUUCAUAUCUAUCUAUCUAACUAUCUAUCGCAGUCUGUUUAUAUCUAUCUAUCUAUCUAUCGCAGUCUGUUCAUAUCUAUCUAUCUAUCUAUCUAUCUAUCUAUCUAUCUAUCUAUCUAUCGCAAUCUGUUCAUAUCUAUCUAUCUAUCUGUCGGUCUCAGUCUGUUCAUAUCUAUCUAUCUAUCUAUCUAUCUAUCUAAGUCUAUUCAUAUCUGUGUAUCUCAUAUUAUCUCUCUCUCUCUCUAUCUAUCUAUCUAUCUAUCGCAGUCUGUUCAUAUCUAUCUAUCUAUUUAUCUAUCUACCUCAUUUUAUUCUUCUUUCUUUCUCCUUCAUUCUCUAUCCCAAUAUGUGCCAUUUCCAUGUAUUUUAUUUCUCCUUUUCUACGAAUGUCAGUGCCUUCUGUCAACUUACAAUUUUUUUUCUUUUCCUUUUUUCAAAUUCCACUUUCUUUCUCGUUCUUAA